UUCUCUCUCUCCAUCUCUUCGUGUCUCUCUCUCUCCUAGGGUUACUCUUCCUCUUUCUCCGUUCUUCCCCCUCUGCUCUCUCUCUCUUGCCUUGUUCCGUGGCUGGAGAUCUCUUGCUGAUCGGUCGGUGUACGCGUCGGUUCAAAUCGUUGAUUUUGCUCGCCGAGCGUUGGAGGAAUCGCGUCCUGCGUGCUGCCAAAUAGCUACGAUUCGUUAUUGUUUUUGUAAAAGUAUCCUUUUUUGAUUCGCUGUUGAGAAAAGAUUGCAGCUUUGUGUACUGUAGGUUUUCGGCACCAGUUCGAUAGGAUUUCGUCGGGGUGGAGAGGGGGAUGAGGACUUGAUUGAGCGCGGCGAUUGUGCAAUGGGAAGCGAACAAGGUGCGUCGGGCCCGAUGUCCGAUGGGAUAAGCUUUCGGAGGUCAGCAUCCUGGUCUACCUCCCGGACGUUGGCGCAGGAUCCGUCCUUGGAAUACUCUUCCUGCGACAAUAGCUCUGGUUAUGGCUCACACCGGUGCUUCCCUCUUCCCCACACGCCCAGAUCCCAGAGUCAAAAGGCUAGGUUGGGCCUCCCGCCCCUCUCCAUUGCUCGCCCGAGCUUGGACGAGUGGCCUAAGCCUGGCUCUGAUGAUCUUGAAGAAUGGCCUCAGCCGCCUACACCCAGCACAAAGGCGGAGACCCCCAAGCCGGUUAAUGGCGUAAAGUUGGAGCUUCCUUCCCCGUGUUCAAUAGGUAGGAGAGAUCAGAUGGCCUUCUAUGAUAAGGAAUGCUCCAAGGUUGCAGAUCAUAUCUACUUCGGUGGAAAUUAUGUAGCUAGAAAUAGAGAAAUCCUCCGGAAGCAUGAGAUCACCCAUAUUUUGAACUGUGUUGGCUUCGUUUGUCCAGAGUACUUCAAGACUGACUUCGUUUAUAGGACUCUUUGGUUACAGGACAGCCCGACAGAGGACAUAACAAGUAUUUUGUAUGAUGUGUUUGAUUACUUUGAGGAUGUUAGGCAGCAAGAUGGGAGAGUGUUUGUCCAUUGCUGUCAGGGUGUGUCACGAUCUACUUCUCUUGUUAUAGCUUAUCUGAUGUGGAGAGAAGGGCAGAGUUUUGACGAUGCCUUCCAAUUUGUAAAGGCUGCAAGGGGGAUUGCUAACCCCAACAUGGGCUUUGCUUGUCAAUUGCUACAGUGUCAGAAGAGGGUUCAUGCUAUCCCACUGAGCCCCACUUCAUUGCUCAGGAUGUACCGAAUGGCUCCACACUCACCCUAUGAUCCUUUGCAUCUGGUUCCUAAAAUCCUAAAUUAUCCUUCUCCUGCUGCUUUGGAUUCUAGGGGAGCUUUCAUCAUUCUUGCUCUUUCAUCCAUCUAUGUGUGGAUUGGUAAAAAUUGUGAAUCUGUAAUGGAGAAGGAUGCAAAAGCUGCCGCCUUUCAAGUGGUGAGAUAUGAGCAGGUUCAGGGGCCCAUUAUGAUACUCAAAGAAGGGGAAGAAUCCUUUCAAUUCUGGGAGGCAUUGUCCAAUGCACGACUUUCAGAACAUGAUGGUGGAAAGGUCAGUGAGGAACUGAUGGGGUCAGCUGCUAAGAUGGCAGUCGGUGGAAAAAGAGUCGAAUCCUAUGAUGUUGAUUUUGGACUUUUCUCUAAGGCUCUCACUGGAGGUGUCAUGCCACCAUUCUCUUCUUCAGGAAAUGACCAGGAGACCCAACUUCCUGCGAGGGAAAAUAGCUGGAGCAUAUUGAGGCACAAGUUUCUCUCAAGAGACAUCUUCAGAGUAUGUUCAGAUUCUACAUUAGUCAGAGAUAAGGAUCAACCUUCAAUGAGAAAACAAAUUUUAGCUGUAGGAACAUUAAUGUCUCCUUCAUUCCAAUCACCUAGUUCUGUUUCUUCUGACUUCAUUAGUUCUAAGUGUAAUUCAGAAUCUCCUUCAAUUUCUCCAUCCACAUGCUAUUCUCCUUCCCCUACCUUGUCACCUGCUUCACAUAAUUUUCCCAGUACUUUUUUGUCAUCCAGUAUCCAUUCUUUCCAGCAUUCAAGCACUGUGGAACCAUUAAAACCAUGUACAGAAUCAGUUUCUUCUUUGUCUAAACAUCUCGGUAGUUCAAUUGCUGAAAGAAGGGGAAACUUUAUUUCUCUGAAGUUGCCAACACCAAAUAAAGGUGCCUCACUGUUAUCGCCAAAGGUUUCAAAUUCAUCAUCUGGAAAUUUAGACAAUGAUGAGAAAGAAUUUCAUGAUAAAAUUCCUAGAGUAGAUACUAUAGGUUGUGCAAAUAGUUUAGAGAAAAAAUUGCAUAUUGACUUAGAUGGACCUUUGAAUAAUACUUCAGAGAGCAAUAAAAAUGUCCAAAUGGCCAACCUUAGGAGUAGUGAUAUAUCCAUUCAUGGAUUGACAGGAUCUACUGGCACUAGACUAGAUAUUAUGAUCUCUACAAAGCUUCUAGUGUAUCGCUGGCCCAAUUUGGAGAAACUUACUAGAAUAUCCAUUGAAGAUUUUGAUUCAGAAGAAGUAUUAAUGAUUUUGACUUCUGAUACCAGCCAAAAUCAAGAGUAUAAGGUUCUGUUUCUGUGGAUAGGUGGUCAUUUUGAAGAGAGAAAUAAAUCAACCCUGUUGAAGGAUGAUCACUGUGACACUGAACUUGCUAUUGACUGGCAUCAAGUUGGUCGUAAUUUUCUUGACGCUAUUGGCCUUCCAAAAAAUCUCCAAAUCAAGGUUCUGAAGGAACAUGAGGACGGGGAGCUCUUUGAACUAUUGAAAUCUGCUUGAUGCCGUCUCAGUAACAGAAUUUCCAGGAGCCUAGCAAUAUUGGGUUUACCUUCCCUCAGUUUUUAGCUGCAGAAUCACUGGUCAGUAAAAUAUACAGCUUGGAUAACUUUCACCUUCAAGGAAUCAAUGAAUUGAACAAAACAUACUUUCUGGCAUUUGAACAUAUAUGAACAAAGAUAACCUGUUCGACCAAUAAUUGCCAUUGGAAACAUCUCCUCCUUUGCCAUUGUUUUGUUCCUCCUGUCCCACGAGAGAAGUGGUUGCCUGAAAGGCAUUUUGUGACAAACUUGGAACGUGACUGACUUGCAAUAUAUUGUUAAUUAUCUCGUUGAUAUUUUAGCUUUUAAGUCGAGCACAGUGAAACUCUAAUUCGUUAAUACUCAAUGUGUAUUAUCUCAAUCAGGCCAAGUCUCUCUGGAUUAUGUUGUAUCUGCAUCAGUGAAUCCAUCUUCUUUUAUAAUUUUCUA